UGCGCAGGUCAAUACAAUGCGCCUCGUCGCUCCAAUGUAAACAAGAAGGGAACGAAGAAGAAGAAGAAGGAGGAAUAGAGAGAGAGAUAUAUCAUAUAUUAUAUUAAUCUCUAUGUGAGGAUGGUGUCCCGCUUGAGCCAGCUGCAAGGAGAGCUGCUGGGGGCGCUGCUGGGGUCGGGGGUCAGCAAGGAGGCCCUGGUGGCGGCCCUGGGAUCAGGGGUCAAUGCAGGGGAAGAGGAAGAGGAGGAAGAACAGGAGGAACAGGAAGAACAGGAAGAGGAAGAGGAAGAAGAAGACCACCUCCUGGAGGAGGCCCCCUUAAGGAAGCAGCUGGAGAGGCUCAGCCCACACCAGGCCGCCCAGCAGAAGGCCGUUGUCGACACCCUCCUACAGCAGACUUCCAGUCUCUCUAAUGGCUACCUCAGCAGGGAGGAAACGACUUCCUGUCUCUGUAAUGGUGACCUCCAUGGGGAGGGGGUGACUUUCUGUCCUCAUGCAUUGCCUCCCUCCCUUCCAGGCCUGGCCUCCACUCAAGCCCAGAACGUCCCGGCCGUCCUCAACAGCAUGGGCAGCAGCUUGACCACUCUCCAACCAGUCCAGUUCUCCCCGCAGCUCCACCCGUCAUACCAGCAACAGAUCCAGAGCCCCUUCAUGGCCUCUCAUGCGCUCUACGGCCACAAACAGGAAGUGGCCCCGUACGCCCACACAAGCUUCCUACUGACUGACACAUCCAGCCUCAGCCCUUUGACCCCAGCCAAACAGGUUUUCACCUCUGACCCGGAGAUCCACACCGCGACUGGUCAAGCACCCACCGUCCACUUGCAAGGCCCUGAGGUGGCCAUUUCCCACCUGCAGGCGGGGCAGCGGCUUAGCUCCAGCCCUGCAGUAUCAUCUUCCGGAAGUUUGGUCUUGUAUCAAAGCCCUGAAUCGGGAAUUGAGACGUUCAUUUCCACGCAAUAAUAAAUAUAUUUGAAUUCA